CUUUGUGUGCCAUUCGCCAUAGACCCCAUCUAAUAUAAUCUGUAUUUUUGUUUUGUAGGUCAUUAUUCAUGAAACUAAACAUGCUCAUUCUCUUCACUCUCCUCAUUGCCUUGCCUAAGUCAUCUUCCACCAAUCUAGAGCCACUCACAUAUGCCUGCCAAAUUGGUUCUCCAGAGCAAUGCAAGAAAGCCUCGUUUGUACCAGGUCACACAUUACUGGGACAAGGCAUAGACAUUGUGACCAUGAAGAACACUGGCGCCUCUCUUCUUGACAUGCAAAUAUACCAAAUGUCCAACAAAACAUGCACCAUGUGUAACAACCCAUUUAAUGGAAAAACCCUGGAGAAACUGCCAAUAUCCAUGGUGGACUGGAGACCUCAGUCCUCUUGCUCCAGGAACAUUGUUAGUAGUUUUAUGAGGUCAAAGGUGUCUUUAGCUAACAAAGAAGCCUCUAAUAUUCAGAACAACUGGAAAUUGGGUUUAGAUAUACCAAUCAAAACUGUAAACAUGCAUACAGCCCUGGCUGGGUCUCACUCAAGGUUGGCUGAGUUUGCUGAGAGUAAAACUGUUACUGACAAAUACAGCUUUCUCUCCCACAAGCUCAGCUGUGCUUUCUACAGAUUCCGUCUGUCUUUGGACCCCCCACUUACCCAGGAUUUUACCAAGUCUCUACAGAAACUCCCUCACAGCUAUAAAAAGAAAAACAAGGAACAGUACCAAAAGCUGAUAGCUAAGUAUGGAACCCAUUACAUAGUGCAAGCAGAGGUUGGAGGCAAAGUCUCGGAGGUGACUGCUCUGAGGACCUGCCAAGUGGCCAUGGAAGGUAUGAGAUUGGAUGAAGUGAAGGACUGUCUUAGCGUUGAGGCAAAGAUCUCUGCAGGUUUCCCAGUAAGCGACCCUUCCAUCAGCACUGAAUUAAGCAGGUGCAAAGAAAUUGCAAAAACUGCAAAGCGUGGGACCAACUUUCAUUCAACAUUCAGUGAAAGGAUCUGGGAGGUGAAAGGAGGAAAAGUCACUUUUGAUCUUCUGAACACUGAGGAAGGAAAGGGAUCUCAAGUAUUUGAAGAAUGGAUGGCGAGUCUUAAGACUGAUCCAGAUCUACUGACCUAUUCUAUAGAGCCCAUACACAACCUGGUGAGAUUUGAUGGACCUAAAAAAGAAAAUCUCAGAAUUGCAGUUAGUGAGUAUAUUAAGGAAAAUGCUUUCACAAAGAACUGCUCCUGCCCAGGAUAUUCUCCCCCAAGCCGGGGUCCUGACUGUCCCUGCACUUGCCCUACAACCAAAUACAUGAACUCAGACUGCUGCCCAACAAACCAAGGAAUGGCCAAACUUAUACUGAAAAUCCAAAGUGCACAAGACCUACGUGGGGACAUCUUUUCAAAGACAGAUAGUUAUGUCAAAUUCAAAUAUGACAGCAGAGAAGCUCAGUCGCCUACAGUCUGGAACAAUAACAACCCCGUUUGGGAUAUUGAGUUUGACUUGGAUUUUGUGAAACUCGGUGACUCUAAAAAGUAUUCCAUAGAGGUGUGGGAUAGGAAUAAUGUAACUCCUGAUAAAUUCCUUGGUAGAUGUGAGAUUAUUCUGAUGUCUGGUACUUCAGAAAAAACCUGUUACCUUCCCCACGGAAGUGUAACCUAUACAAUUACAGCAAAUUGUGUUACUCAUCUUCAGGGGCUUUACUGUCAAGAUUAUAGCCCUGUGCCAAUUAAAUAAAUUCCAUGACCUUUAUUUUA